UUAGAAUCUGGCAAUCUCGUUGUCGAUGCUUAAAAUUCCAUUUAUACUUUCGUAUUGUGUCCGCACGUCAGGUGCAUGUGAAUUUUUUUGGUGCAAUUGUUUAUUUCUCUUAUUUAUUGUACAGUAAAUUUCUCCUAUUUGCAAAACAUUGCUGAUGUAUUGAAAUAAAAGAUAUCUUUUACUAAUUUUUCAACAAUAAUGAGUUUCUUAUUUGGUGGGCGCUCGUCUAAAACUUUCAAACCAAAGAAAAAUAUACCUGAGGGCACUCAUCAAUAUGACUUGAUGAAGCAUGCGGCUGCAACUUUAGGCAGUGGGAAUUUGCGUUUAGCUGUUAUGUUACCAGAAGGAGAAGAUUUGAAUGAAUGGGUUGCUGUUAAUACUGUAGAUUUCUUCAAUCAAAUAAAUAUGUUGUAUGGAACAAUCACAGAAUUUUGUACAGAAGAGAGUUGCCGAGUGAUGUCUGCUGGACCAAAAUAUGAAUAUCACUGGGCGGAUGGUCAGACAGUGAAAAAACCUAUUAAAUGUUCUGCUCCUAAAUAUAUUGAUUAUCUUAUGACUUGGGUACAAGACCAACUUGAUGAUGAAACUUUGUUCCCAUCAAAAAUAGGUGUUCCAUUUCCAAAGAACUUUUUAACCAUAGCAAAGAUAAUCCUAAAGCGACUGUUCAGGGUUUAUGCUCAUAUCUAUCAUCAGCACUUUCAAGAAAUUGUACAACUGGGAGAGGAAGCUCACCUAAACACAAGCUUUAAACACUUUAUCUUUUUCGUCCAAGAAUUUAGUCUUAUUGAAAAGCGAGAGCUGGCACCCUUGCAAGAAUUGAUAGAGAAACUUACCUCAAAGGACAAGGACAAAGAGGGAAAUUCAACUCGCUGAUCCACUCCAUAAUUAACAGAGUCAUAUCUAUAUAUAUAUAAAAGAAUACUUGCCAUAAUGAGAUUAGAUAUGCUUUAUAGGUGACUUGCCUCUCUCGAUACUGGAAGUGAACAAUCAGUUAAAAUAAUUAUCGUGUAUUCCAGAAAAUAUUGAGAUGCAUAUUUUCUUAGAAUAUUUUUUUAAGAUUGACUUAUUUUGCAGUGGCGCUUCUUGCGGAAGCGUUGAGUCAUUAGUUUUGAAUCUGACAAGUGCUAAAUUAUGUCUACAUACUAUUCAUAAAAAUAGUUUAUGUACCUAGUUGAAUAUUUCUCUUUAUCACUAUAUCAUAUUGAGUCAUUAAACUUGUUAAGUCAUGUUGAUAAUUACUUGCCAUUAUCAUUUUUCUUUAUUUCUGUAAAAUAGUAGAAAUUAUACUUUUUUCGUAAUUCAGAUAAGCUCUGAUUGCAAAUUGAUGCUAUUAAUCUUUGAAUUUUACGGCAUAUUCUUGAACAUAUGACAGUCUUGAUUCUUAAUUCAUUAGAUCUCUUUAAUUCAUUUAAAAGAUUUAUUUUCAUUCCUGUCUAACUUUUUUGUUUCAGUGAAUAGUCAGUACCUAAAAUAAAUUUUUUUUUGCACAUUUAUUAUUAUUAAAAACAUUGUUGUUAAUUUCUGUUGUAUGUUUAAACAAACUAGGUUUAUAAUAUGGUUUCAUGGAAUAAAUAUAUAAAAAUAGAUAAUUUUGAAACAGAUUCCAGAUAUCUGUUAAGGCAUUACCAAUUUAAACAUAUACUUUGUUCUUUAUAUCUCUUAUUCAAUUUAAAUUGUAGUACAUAGCUUGAUAAUAUAGAAUUCAGUACUAUAUAUUGCAAUAGUUCAUAAAUUGGUUUUGAAAUGUAACUUAUCUAGUAAAUGUUGAAUAAUCAAUCUUGCUAUUAUCUUAUUAUUUUGUAACAGUUGGAGUUAGUUGCGUAAUGUUAAGGUAUUCCCUUUUUUUAUUUUUUUUUAUUAAGAUGUAAAAAGUAAUCUUUUUUUUUUCCAAGUUGAAUAAUUUAAUAGUUAAACAUUGGAGGUUUUUAAAGUUAUUAAAUUAUUCUAUAAUGCAUUAUUUGUAUUUAAGCUGAACUUUUAUUUAUUUAAAUUCUUACCAAAAAUAUUCUUACUAAAUCUGUUGCCGUGUAGUGACGUUUAGUUAUUUUGAAGCUCUAAAAUUUUCUAUUUAUUUUUGUAAUUAUUUAAUUACUUUUGAAAGAUACUGCCAAUUUUCCAUUCCUCCAAUUCAUUUUAAACGUGUUGGCUCUUGCUUUAAUACUGAGUAACUUUAUAAGCAUGGCAAAUAAAUCAUGUUUUUACUUAAAUGAUUUUUUUUUUAUUUUAAUAAAGGAAGUGAUUUAAAUUCUUAGUGAAAUGUAAUAUGAAGUUAGAUUCAUUUUAUAUCAACUAAAAAUAAGAAUAAAUUUUUGAUUGCAUGAAACUUAUUUUUUUUUUUUUCCUACUUGUCUUUUAGAAUGGGAAACUUUUUUUCGAUAAUUGCUUUAUUUGUUUAUAUAAGCUGAAUCAAAAACUUGAGAUUUUUUUUUCUCCUAAAUAAUAAUUUUUAAUUUUUGUAAAAAUGAAAAACAAUUUUUACUUGUGAUUUGACUUUCUUUUAAAAAAAUUUUUUUGUCACACUUAAGCUAGACUUUUUACCAAAAGAUAGCCUUCAUCAUUCUCUGAAGUAUAAAUAUAAUUUGUAUUUUAUAGCUGAAUGAAUUUUUCUUUAUUUAACUUUCAUGUAAUAUCUAAAAUUAUGAUCAUAUCCUAAAUAUUCACUCACGAAAUUUCGCAUUUCUAAGUAAUUGCUUUUCUUAAUUUAUUAGUGUUUUGGUAUCUGUAACAUUUA